AUGAAGUUCAACCCACGCGUUUCCUCCUCCCGCCGCAAGAGCCGAAAGGCCCACUUCACGGCGCCGUCGAGUGUCCGCCGCGUCAUCAUGAGCGCGCCGCUCUCCAGCGACCUCCGGUCCAAGUACAACGUCCGAUCGAUGCCGGUCCGCAAGGACGACGAGGUGCAGGUUGUCCGGGGAACCUACAAGGGCCGCGAGGGAAAGGUCGUUCAGGUAUACCGCAAGAAGUGGGUAAUCCACAUAGAGCGCAUCACCCGCGAGAAGGUGAACGGAUCCACCGUCAAUGUCGGCAUCCACCCCUCAAAAGUCGUCAUCACCAAGCUCCGCCUCGACAAGGACCGCAAGUCCCUGCUCGAGCGCAAGGCCAAGGGGCGCGCCGCGGCCGACAAGGACAAGGGGACCAAAAUGUCCGGGUGUGCGAGAUCUGCUCCUCCACGAUCGAGACCACGAGACGCGACGUCGGGUCAGCGCGAAGAAGAAGAAAAACCUGACUUGCUCCGUCCUGAGGUGCCGACGAGUGUUAACAGUAGAAGCAGCCAAGGGAAAAUGAAGUUCAACCCACGCGUGUCCUCCUCCCGCCGCAAGAGCCGAAAGGCCCACUUCACGGCGCCGUCGAGUGUUCGCCGCGUCAUCAUGAGCGCGCCGCUCUCCAGCGACCUCCGGUCCAAGUACAAUGUUCGAUCGAUGCCGGUCCGCAAGGACGACGAGGUGCAGGUUGUCCGGGGAACCUACAAGGGCCGCGAGGGAAAGGUCGUUCAGGUCUACCGCAAGAAGUGGGUAAUCCACAUAGAGCGCAUCACCCGCGAGAAGGUGAACGGAUCCACCGUCAAUGUAGGCAUCCACCCCUCAAAGGUCGUUAUCACCAAGCUCCGCCUCGACAAGGACCGCAAGUCCCUGCUCGAGCGCAAGGCCAAGGGGCGCGCCGCGGCCGACAAGGACAAGGGGACCAAGUUCACCGCCGAGGAUAUCAUGCAGACCAUAGAUUAA